AUGGCGUUUGUACGAGACCUAAAUGUGGGGGGCUUCUUUCGGCGGUACUUCUCAUUCAAAACUCUACGGGCCGUCCGUGUAUUUCAAAGUUCCCACUCUCAUUUCUACAAGGAGCGGGGGCUGAAAACGUCAAACCAGUACACGCCCAGCUCACGACCCACAACCGGCUUACGUGUCCCCCGGCUGCGCCGCAAGGACCGGCGGCACGCGCUUGGGUUUGUCGAGGGAUGGAACACGAACCGCAUCGCCAUCUCUGGGUCCGUUCCUUGCCUGGCCUCGUGCCUCGUGGGAGCUAUCGGGUCAGCGAUGGGAGGCGAUCCGCAGACUGCCUUCACUGUGGCCUCGUUCAUCUUGACAUCCUCGUCGAUAUUACUGGCGCUGCUGGCAAUCAGCAGCAGCAUCGAGUCCUCUGGCGGCCUAAGCAGGUAG